GUACUGACCUUAGCUCUCUUAGUUACAAUUUGUUAAGCUUUUUAUCAUGUCUUUGGUAUGUUCUCUUUAGUACAAUGCAGUUUCUUGUUACUCAAGGCCAUGAAGCUGAAUUUUAUUUAGACUUAUGAAUAUGUAUGUAACCUGUGGAGUGAAUGUGAAGUAUGAAUGAGGAAUGCUCAAGCAAAAGACAGUUUAGGAUCCGUGACCUUCUAAGGCAAACAAAGACCCUGCAAGCAGAUAAAUUAACUGAGAAGCAGCCAGAAGAUCUCUCUCUGACAAGAUGUAACAUCAAAGCAGAAACCUGGGAUCAGCCCAGAGAAGUAAAGCCUCCUGAAGAUCUGAAGAGAUCUCCCAAGAAACAUCAUGGUCGAGUCUCUGGGAAGCUGAUGCCUGGCCAGCACUCCAGCCACCAGCAAAAUCAAAAGCAAUCUACACCGCACUUGCAGAGUGCCUCCAAACUGCCAGCAUGAAUGGAGUAUGAGUGAACUCCAACAAUGUCCCAUUUUAACAAAGCCGAGCAAGAUGACUGGAUGACUGUUUAUCUGAAAUAUCUCUUGUUUGUGUUUAAUUUCUUCUUCUGGGUGGGUGGUGCUGCAGUGAUGGCAGUUGGCAUAUGGACCCUAAUUGACAAAAGCGACUAUCUGAAUAUCCUGGCAUCUAGUACAUUUGCCGUGUCUGCAUACAUCCUGAUCUUUGCAGGAGGUCUUGUGAUGAUUACAGGUUUUCUGGGAUUCUGUGCAAUCAUCAGGGAACAAAGGAGCUGUCUUUCCGCAUACUUCUCCAUGCUUCUCUUGAUCUUCCUUAUUGAGCUGGUUGCUGGAGUUCUUGCCUAUGUUUACUAUCAAAGGCUGAGCGAGGAGCUAAAACGCCACCUGACCCAGACCUUGACUGAGAAUUAUGCUCUUCCUGGGAAAACACACAUCACACAUUCCGUCGAUCGCCUGCAGCAAGACUUCAAAUGCUGUGGCAGCAAUAGCUCUACUGAUUGGCAGCACAGUAUCUAUAUCCUGUCUGUAGAGUCCAAUGGCCGAUUGGUACCAGAUAGCUGCUGUAAAACAGUCACCUUCAAAUGUGGGAAGAGGGAUCAUCCAUCCAACAUUUACAAGGUGGAGGGAGGAUGCAUUACUAAACUGGAACAGUUCCUGGCAGAUCAUCUUUUGAUAAUGGGAGCUGUUGGCAUAGGAAUAGCUUGUCUUCAGCUGCUUGGUGCAGGUCUGACUGCCUAUUUUGUCUAUAUUCUCUAUAAAGAAGAGGAAGAAGAUGCGUAUUCUGUAAUGUGACUGGUUAGCCUUCUUUACCCCUACUAUGGUAUGAGCUGUGGGAUGAUUUUUACCUGCGGUCUACACAGAAGAAUUAAAAUAGACUCUUACUGAAGAAUGAAAGUCUCCACUCUCUCUGCCUUAAUGCAAAAUUUCGACAUGUGCCAGUGUCAGUAUUACCUGUGCAUGGUUAAUGGGCCAUAUGUCUAGCCUCCUUCUCUGCUGAUGUUGAGAUGCCUUAAAUUGAGAUGAAUUUUAGCAAAGUCACUGCCUGGGACACUUUACAAUCUACCUUUUGGACUCUUUUUUAACUGAGAAAAGAAACAGAAUUUUCUUUUUCUUUUCUUUCCCCAUUGGUACAAUAUGUGUGUGUGUGGUUUUUUUUGUUUUUUGUUUUUUUUACAAAAAAAUGGAUUACUGCCCUUAUGUGGUAUGAUUUGUAAAGUCAUUCUUUUGUAGCUACAGAAAAAUGUGUAGUAAAUGUGCCUCCAGAUUUCGUAAUUUAAUAGAGAUAGCUUAGUGACUGAAAGGUAUCUUAAUUUGAGCAACUAGCUUUAUUUUUUUAAUGACGGGAUCAACCAGAAUGUUUUGUAUUUCAUAACAUUGUCAACUUUUUGCUGCUGAGUAAUUAAAAAAAAAAACUGUCUGUCUGCCCCUUCAUCCACCCCAGGUUGAAGCUGCACUGCCAUCACAAUCCAUUUUGUUGAAGAUUUAGGAUAGGAUAGUAGACUGGCCCUGCUGCCAGUGCGACACCUUGAGUAGCCCAGCAGAGGGUACUGUAUGAGUAGAGUGGAUGCAUUUCAGUUAGAUUUGAUUUAGAGAAAGAUAUUUAGCUAUUGUUUAGGGCCUCUGGGAAGAUUGUGAGUAGGCACCAACAGUGGGAGAGUAUCUGCUUUUGCAUUGCAUCUUGUUGCUGUUCCGUAUUUAUCCAAAGUGCCUCAGUUGGGACUUUUAGCUUUUCUGCUUUUUUUGCAGAUUACCAGCACAAACCUAACUAAUAAAAGGGGAGAUGUAUUCAUAGCUUGGGGAUCAUGAUUCAAAGGAGAAAAAUCUCUAUUUAAGAAGAUUUUUCACUAUUACAUCAUUCUCUGUCAUUAGAAAAAGAUCCAUAAUAUCAAUUCCAUGUUGGUAUGAGGAUUAUUUUGCUGGUGAGCCUAUAGUUAUGAGGAACAAAUAAAAAGAAAUAUAUUUAAAAACAAAUCUGAAUUGCUAUCACUUUGCUGUGAUUGCCAGAUUGCUCAGAAACCUCUUUGAUGAGCACAAGAUGGAUAAAUUAUUAGAUAGCUGGAGUGGGUCCUUUGAUAGAACAGAUGGCUAGAUUGAAAGGAUAGAUAGGUGGUUAGAUAGUGUGGAUGGCUAGAAGUGUAAGCAAUUUUCUUUCUGAGGCUCUCUUUCAGUAGAGUGAAAUUCUUUCAAUAAUGAAUUAUUCUUCUGCCAUAGAGUAGGUCUUGAUUACACAGUUGCAAAAUAGAAGGAACCCCCAACUUCUUUAUAUAUAACUUUAAAUUCAAUGUUGAGAGAUUCAGCUGUUUUGCAAAAUACAAGUGAACCCAAAGUAUGUGCAGUUUCACAAGUUACACCUGCGUGCAUUACUCAACACUUGACCACUAUUACUUAAAUGUGUGUAAGCGAAAGGUCAUUUUUCUGUUGCCAGUGAUGCCUCUGUGACUUAUUUUAAGAUAGACUGUAAGAAUCAUAGUAAUGAUUUUUAAAACCUCAGAACCUUAAAUAUCUCUGAUGCAGUUACUGCAGCUAGUUAUAUACUGUGGGCCUGCUACUUCACUGAGGCUAUAAGCUGUACACUUAUGCAGCCACCCAUGAGAGAUUCAAAUGCUGCCCAGCUGAUUAGCAGAGAGCCCAUAGCUAGGUUUUCUUUCUACUGGUGGUGCACAUUUGCACAUGCCUUGGUGUGCAUAAAAAUGUAUUCUGUACAUGGAUAGAAACAAUCCGCACAUGGAUGGAAAAGAUUAGCGGGAACAUUGAUCCCUACUACACAUUAUUUUGGUGUAAGUUAAGUUGCUCAGGAGUGUGAAUAAUCUACACCCAAGCAAUGUAAAUCAUACCCACCUAAGUGCCAGUGUAGACAGCAAUGUGUCAGCAGAAGAACUUCUCCAACCAAUAUAGCUACCCUCUCUCGUGAUGGCAGGAAUUAUUAAGCAAACGGGAAAACUUGCCCCUGUCAUCUUAGAGCAUCUUCACCAGGGGUGUGUCACUCUAGACUAUAGGGUUUUUUUGAAAAAACUUAACCUGCGUCUAGACUGCAGCCGUAUUCUUUCGAAAAUAGAU